AUGGCGGCGCCCACACCGACUCUGUCAUCAUGUGGCCUGCUUCCGGCGCGAGGCCUGCUUCCGGUGCGCAGCCUACUUCCGGUGACUGCCCGCCGGAAGUGCAGAAUAGAGGCUCGCGAGGCCUUCACAGUUGUCACGGCCUCGCACAUGGAGGAGCCCGUCACCUUUGAGGACAUCGCCAUCUACCUGAGCCGUGCAGAGUGGGACAUGGUUGCAGAGGAGCAGAGGGAGCUGUACCGCAGCGUCAUGCUGGACAACUAUGAGCUCUUGGCAUCACUGGGGUACCCAGGCCCCAAACCUGACAUUCUGCAUCGGCUGGAGCGUGGGGAAGAGCCAUGGGUCAACACACCACAGAGCCCAGUGAAGUGGGAUGGACCUGACAGAACUUUUGGAUGCAGUGGGGGGAAGAGAUGGCUGGCAGAGUCGUGCUCCAGCAGGUGGCUGAAUGUUGACAAGCACAAAGUGCUGGAGGAGACACACACCCCCAGUCAUGGAAAACAACGUGAGCCGUGGCUGCUGCGGUCCAGCAGACUGCUAAGGAAGUUCGGGUGUCUUGAGGGUAGGAGUGAGUUGCGGUCAGAGGCAGCCAGCAUCCAGCCAGCGCCAGAGGGAAGCCAAGAGAAGGCACAGGUGGGCUGUUUGACCAGGAAUUUAGAAACGGAGGAUGAACAAGGGGUCAAGACAGAAUUAGCACAAAGCAUGGGAAAUGUGGCUUCUUGCAAGCAUCUGCACAAUAACUGCAUGGAGACAUUUCAAGAGACUGUACAGAAACCACAUAAUGUUUUAGAGGAAGUAAGUGUUUUCCAGGCAAACAGGGGACAAGGGGAAUCUUCUACUAAGGACCUGAGUGAAACUGUUCUGGAAGACCACUGUUACUGUGUGAGUAAUAACCUGCGCUGCACUCAGUUUCCACAUGCUCUGAGAGAACAUGACUACUGCGGUAGCAGUGAUAGCAGUGUCUCAGUGCUCAGAGACCACGAAUACUGCCAGGUACAAAGGUUUUCUUCUCGGGACAGAGUCCGUAAAGUUGUUUGCCGUACUUGUAGGUUUCGUGCCAUAGCUUACAGGCUGUCAAAGCGAAAAUCCUACGUAGAGCGUAUCAUCUGGAAAGCUAAGCGGAGCGUGCGAUUCCUCAAGCCCACCUUCAAAAAUCUGCGGUUUUCUCGAGCUUUAUUCUGCACAAAAUGUCUUUUUCCUAUGUCAUCAUCUGUUCCUCUGGCUAGGGCAGAUGACUCCACGAAGGAAACUUCUGGGGCGUUUUGUCCUGCAGAGCAGGUGGCUGUGCCCCAACAGUCUCAGAAGAAAGAAGACUCCCAAGAGGUGACUGUGCUCCCACAGCCUGAGAAGGAGGACUCUCAGGAGGAGACAUCAGAAGCACCCAGUGACCCUGCAGCACCUCUGGAAUCAACAGCUGCGUCGCCACCCCUCAGUGAAGCUCAGGAGGUGCAGGGUGUAGCAGCACAACCCGAAGCACUUGUGCACCAAGGGAUGCAAGAGGCAGAGUUGAUCCACGAGCCUGACACUCAUCAAAACACUGAAGGAUACAAAAUUGUUAAUACAAGUUAUGGAUUGCUGCAUGAUGCUUAUGAAAUGGUCGUGUGGACUGUUGAUCACAUGCUGGAGUCUGCGUGCCAAGCAUUUGAGCUUGGUGGCUAUAAUCGGUGCAAGGAAAUGCGGCCUGUGAUUACCCAGUCUGACACCUGACCACCAGAACGUUAGCAGCUGUGCCUGCUCUGUCAUGCUGAACAGACAGAACCCUGCAGCAAAACCCACUAAUGUGGCUAAGCAGGAAAAACUGAAAGGUGUACUAAGGGAUCAGUGCACAAAUGGAUACUACCACAUAAAUGGAUGCAAAACUUGGUUUGUAAUGCCUGCUGUGAUCACCUGGGAGGCUUCAGGGAAAAGCCAGAGGAAGAGAAGUGGGACUGGUGCAAGUAAAAGAGGAAGAAGCCCAGGAAAACUUACAAGAGAUGGGAGAAUAAGGGCAGCUGUGUGUUAGCAGGCUGCUGACUGGUUUACUUUCUGGCUGAGCUGUGUGUGAUCACUGUGGACUUUCUCCUUGUUCAACCAUUGCCACUUGUUUGUGUGAGCACAUGCUCACAUGUAUGUCAGCAUGCGAGCUGUGCUCGCUUGUCUGGGCUGGACUUGGCAGAAAGGAAUCUCAGGGUGCUGUGCACAGCUCUGCCUUGGUGCAGGCAGUGUGUCCUGUCCUGGGCUCUCCCUCUCAAAAUUUAAGCUUUUUGACCAUAGGGGAAUUCUUAAGAUGGAAUGAUAAUCUCUUUUUUUUUUUUAAAGAAACUGCAUAUCUCACUGUUGUGCAAGCAGGCGAGGAUGUAUUGUGUAAAGCCUUGCUGCAUUCUCAUGUGAAAACUAUUGGAAAAAAAAAAACAUUGGGAGUUUUGGGAUGCAAUGGGAGGUGAGGUUCUGAUACUGGGAUGGCUGAGAAGAGAUGUUGGGGCUGCUUUGUGCCAAUGCAGCCACAUCUAGUGGCCCUGGCACGGGGCACGGCAGAUCCCAGCAGCUGAGAAGGCAGUGCCUUUUAGUUGCUCUCUGUUCCUCACUACUCAACUGUAUUUCCAUCAUCAAUAAAUGAAUUUUCCCCCUUU